AUAACACCAAGAAAGAUAUAUAAAGUUGUUGGAGCUGUUUGGCUAUUGUUUAUUUGUUGGACAAUAAUACGAACAGCAAAUAUGAAAGUUAUUGCCGCACUCGCCCUGUUGUCUGUGGCGCUGGCCUCGCCAGUAGCCGUGCCCGAGCCCUACGUCUUGCCGGAGCCCGCCCAACCCGCCUACGAGACUGCUGAAUUCGCAGCCAUCCCUGAACCCAUCGACAUCUCACCGCUAUUCGUCCCCGUCGAAAUCGUCCAAGCUCUGAAACUAAAUGAAGUCAACCCUGAAUCCGUCAUCUUCGUAGAGGUCGCUGAAAACAUUGAAUACGAGCCUAUCGCCUUGGCUUCUCAAGUUGAGGAGGAAUUCCCCGCUUUCGGCGUAAACGUCGUUGAAGUCGCUGAAGGCCUUGACGUUUCUGAAGAUGCCGCCCCCCUUGCUGAGGAAGUUGAUGGUACCGCCGUUCACUUCGUCGAGGUUGCCGAGAACAUUGACAACGCUGAAGUUACCCGUGCCGAGGAGGCUGACGGCUCCGCUGUUAACUUCGUUGAUGUUGCAGAGAACAUUGAGUACGCUGAGGUAGCUCCUCUCGCUGAGGAAGUCGACGGUUCUGCUGUUCACUUCGUUGAGGUUGCUGAGAACAUUGACAACGCUGAGGUUGCCCGUGCCGAGACUGAGGUAGAUGGCUCCGCUGUCAACUUUGUCGAGGUUGCUGAGAACAUUGAGGUUGCCCCAGUCGCUGAGGAGGUUGACGGCUCUGCUGUAAACUUCGUUGAGGUUGCUGAGAACAUUGACAACGCGGAAGUUGCCUCUUUCGCUGAGGAGAUCCCCGCUGACGCCGUCAAGGUCGUUGACAUCGCUGCCGAAGACCAGGCUGUCGCUGAGGAAGCUUCCGCUUUUGCUGCAGAGCUCGGAUCCCAGGUGCACUUCGUUGAAGUGGCUGAGAACAUCGACGUCGAAGAACCCGCCGUCCGCGCUGAAGAGAUCGCCGCUGACGCCGUCAAGGUCGCCGACUUCGCUGAGAACGUUGAAUCUGCUCCCGUCGCCGAGCCCCUCGCCGACUCCGUCCGUGUAGUAGACGCUCCCCUCAACUACCCCGGCAAACUGUAUGACAACCCCAUGCUACGUUAAGAACUAAAUCUUUUCAAAAUAAAUAUAAAAUAAAAUUUUAACUUUUUAUUUGCAGGAACAUUAAUGACUGAGUUUAAGGCAAUAUUUGCACAAUGUUCUUCAUAACAAUUAUGUUUACAAACCUUUAAAACUAUCCAACCUGCCACACACCUACUAAAUUAAGACAAAUAAACAAAUAAAAAUAUA